AUGUUGCCGGGAUCAGGAUCUUCACCAGUCAUGGAGUUUUGGGCGUUUAGUCGGAGGCAGCUCGAGGGCUCAGCGGAACAGUCGAAGGAUUCUGGCAGUUACGGUGGUGACAGUGAGUUCUGUUCGUCAAAUCCGGAUAAAUCUAACAGCAGUGACAGUGAGUUCUGUUCGUCAAAUCCGGAUAAAGCCAGCUGCAGUGACAGUGAGUUCUGUUCGUCAAAUCCGGAUAAAUCUAACAGCAGUGACAGUGAGUUCUGUUCGUCAAAUCCGGAUAAAGCCAGCAGCAGUGACAGUGAGUUCUGUUCGUCAAAUCCGGAUAAAUUUAACAGCAGUGACAGUGAGUUCUGUUCGUCAAAUCCUGAUAAAGCUAGCAGCAGUGACACUGAGUUCUGUUCAUCAAACCCGGAUACUAGCUGUACUGCCAGUCUACUCCUUACAACGAACACAGACAUCGCCAGCAACGGCAGAGAUCAUCCCACAACAAAGACAGACAAGGAUAUAACGUCCACGGGAACAGCAUCUUCCGAUUCCAGAAAACGAAAACGUCCACAAAAUCACGGAGACAGCAAACGACGCAUCACGCCUGAGGCCUGUACUGGCGCUGUGUUCCCUGCUCCAUACACAGAGGUAGCCUGGUCGUGUGAUGUCAUCCCUCCUACUGCAUGUGACGUCAUGCUGCCUCCUACUACAUGUGACGUCAUACCUCCUACUACGUGUGACGUCAUCCCUCCUACUACAUGUGACGUCAUGCUGCCUCCUACUACAUGUGACGUCAUACCUCCUACUAUGUGUGACGUCAUCCCUCCUACUACAAGUGACGUCAUACCUCCUACUAUGUGUGACGUCAUCCCUCCUACUACAAGUGACAUCAUACCUCCUACUACAUGUGACAUCAUCCCUCCUACUACGUUUUACGUCACACCUCCUACUACAUGUGACGUCAUCCCCCCUACUAUAUGUGACGUCACACCUCCUACUACAUGUGACGUCAUCCCCCCUACUAUAUGUGACGUCACACCUCCUACUACAACCACCAACAACACAGCCGGCGACUGUGCAAGAGCUGGAGUAGUCCCUACCGAGUCGAACAAACCGGCGCCAAGACAAAGUGAAGAACAAACGAACGGCGAGAGUUUCUGUGCGUUGUUGGAGCCUACGGGAGAAGAGCUGGGCCAGGGGAGCUUUGGCUCUGUCUCCACAUACAGACACAAGGAAACGGGCAAAGAAUAUGCCGUCAAAGUUAUGAGGAACUGUCAGAAGAAACGACUCCGUCGAGUAUUGAGUGAGAUCGAGACCUGCCGUCGCUACAAGAACUGUGAAAACAUCCUGAACUUUGUUGAUUUCUACAGGACAGGGGACACGUUUUUCCUCAUCUUCGACAAAAUGGAAGGAGGUGAUCUACGAGCUGUGCUGGAGUCCACUCUGUCGUAUCUUACCGAGUCCCAGGCUUCACGAGUGACCGGUGCCGUGGCCCGAGCUCUCCUCACACUCCAUAAAGAAGGCGUGGCGCACAGAGACCUUAAGCCCAAUAACAUCCUGUGCCGCACCCCCGGGAAGCUCACCCCUCUGGUCUUGUGUGACUUCGGCGUAGCGAGUCAACCCCCUUCUUCUCCACCUGACCCCUCCAAAGAGGACAACCUAACCAAGCCUGCCCUCAAGUCGGCCGUCGGCUGCCCGCAGUACGUGGCACCAGAGGUCGCCGGUUUGCUGCUGUUGCCCAAGUCCCGGAGAAGUACAGCGCCCUACGACACGAGCUGCGACAUGUGGAGCCUGGGGGUUCUCCUUUACGAACUGCUCUUCCACCGUCAGCCCUUUGUCGGCCACUGCGCUCAGCACGCGCAAACCUCGGUCCGCAAUUGUUGGGACUGCAUCCAAGACAUGUUCCCCAAGAUCUGCCGCGGCGACUAUUCCAUCCCUACAGACGCUCGUGAGUCCUUGUCUGACGCCGCCGUGGAUUUGAUCCGGCGCCUCCUGGUCGUGGACCCUCAAGGCCGUUACUCAGCCGCCCAGGUCUUGAAGCAUCCGUUUGUGACGUCACACAGGGACGACGAUGACGUCACUACUACAACCGACUGCCUGACAGCUUUGCCAUGA